AGCCAGACCCCGAAGACGUUCCGCUUUCGGCUCGGCGGAGAAGCGGCCACGUGCCCCGUCGGCGGGCAAGGAGGGUGGGUGUCUCCGCCGCAUCCCCGCCUCCUGGCUCGGCCUUGCCCGCCUUUCUCCGCCUUCCGAGCCCCUCGUUUCCUGCUGCUGGCGGAGGCCGAGGGAGAAGGUGGCGGUGGAGGCGGUGACGGAAAGGAAAAGUGCCCCGGAGACGGAGAAGCGGUCGCCUGCCUCCACCACCCACCCCGCUCGUUCCCCGAAGGAAGCCGCCGCCGCCACCCCUUCUUCUUCUUCUUCCUCGCGCCCCGCUGCCUCCCCGCUCUCCGGCCCCCAUUUUUGCUUUCCGUCGGCCCCCCAAUCCAAGUUUCCCUUCCUCAGCUUCUGGACUUCCCUGCCUCCCACCCACCCACCCACCCAGGACAAUAAGAGCGGGAGAUGUCCUCCUCCGGCGGCCACCAGCAAAGCCAGAGCCGCGCCAUCCCCACCAGGACGGUGCCCAUCAGCGACAACUCGCAGCUACCUCAUGACUAUUGCACCACGCCCGGGGGGACCCUCUUCUCCACCACGCCCGGAGGUACCAGAAUCAUCUAUGACCGCAAGUUUCUGUUAGAUCGGCGCAAUUCUCCCAUGGCUCAAACCCCUCCUUGCCACCUUCCCAAUAUCCCAGGAGUUACCAGUCCUGGUUCUGUGACAGAAGAUUCCAAAGUGGAAGUAAAUAACCUGAACAAUCAUGAUGGGAAGCCUAUAAUUGGUGAUGAUGCUCAAUUUGAGAUGGACAUCUGAUUUUCCCUGAGGGUAACCAUGGAGAGACAGCAAUUCCUGAUCACCUGUGUACAUCUGAUUUUGACCAUCAGGUUCAAUAACUCGAAGGAUGAAAGAAGAAGGAGAAAAAGAAGAAGCUGCUGUUUCGACAGAAUUUUCACUUCGGCUUUUGAAGUGCCAAAGGAUAAGAGGACUCUCCUUGAUUUCCAUUAACCAUACCAUGCUUCCUACCCAUCCCCCGCUCCUCUGCUUGCCUUACUCACUCCCUAUGACUGACUCGGAGCCCAUGAUAAAUUUAUACAGCUAAGGAGUGUCCCUUGGCUUCUCGCACUUUAGAGACAACUGUUCAAAACAUGCACAUGCGAGAAUUUAACUUCUAUCAACAAUUGGAUAUUUAUUGCAAAACACACAAGGGGCAUGGAAAGGGUGGAUAUAUGUUUGAAGUGACAUGACACUGCCAUUGUUCUCCUUUCCCUUAACUGCUGUUUAAUCGAUGUCAAUUUAUUAACUGGUUCCUAUGUUAUAUCUCCUUUGACGUGCAGAAUGCACUCUCUUUGAUAUUUCUAAAUCCUGUUGCUCAACUUGUCUUUUUUAGUUAAGUAUACCCUUUCAUGUGGACGCUGCUGUGAGAUUUUCCUAAAGAGUAUUAUCGGAGUUCUUUUCUGCUUCCCCUGAAAAUUUCUUUUUUUUAAAAAAAAUAGAUAAAUAAUUUAGAAUCAUCACUUCAUCAUGCAUUCAUUUCACUUCGCAUUUCGUCCCAGUAUCAUUUCCAAAAAAAAAAAAAAAGUUUCUCUCCAAUUUCCUCAUUAACCCCCCCACCCCACCCCCUCGUGUUAAAAGUGAACCACAUCUUUUCCUAAUAUAAUUGGGGAGCAUCACGCUUGAUGGACUUCUAUACCAGUGUUUCUCAAACUCAGCUAUUUUAAACUUUGUGGACUUUAGCUUCCAGAAUUCUGGGAGUUGGUCAACACAGCUUAAAGUUGGGAAGGUGGAGAGAUACUGUUCUCUACUAUUCGUCUUCAGUCUUUAAUUUUUGCUGCUCAAUAACAUCUGGUGGGUUCUUGGCAAGCGCAUCUUUGUGCCAGAAGAAUUAUAAUAAAGCAACCUGGUUAUAUGCUUCACUAGGAGAAACCCAACCAAAAAAAUGAAAUUUGUGGGGAAAAAACCUUGGUGGACCAGGGAACCUUAAGAAUCAAUUAAUUAUUAAGAUGUUAAGUGCUGAUUUCAUGAUGUGUGACUUCAAAUGAAUUUGAAAGGGUGACUAAUCAGAAAGAUUUCACUGCAUUUUUCGAACAAGACCUAUUUGUUCCUUGGUUACUAUCUUCUAUUUCUCAAAUUCAUACAUUAUUAAAUCAGUCACAUUGGAGCCUAUUGUAGAUCCAGGGUCAUACGGAGGAAAAGUUGCUGAUGAGCUCACUUUAUUCUGUUUAUUUGGAUAUAUUGGCCAUUUCCCACCUGGUGACCCAACUCUCAAGUCAAUUCGUUCUGGCAGGAGUGAACUUGUGCUGUUUUCCUGGAAUUGUUGCAGAGAGCAACUAGGAUCUCUCUUUGUAGGAAUUCAUAGGCAAUUGAGGUCUCCUUGUGGGAAAAAAAAAACAGUUACUGUGAGAGGGAAAAUUGCUGGAUCAGUUUAAUACAGCCAAUGAAUGAAUCCCUGCAAUGACUGUAUGGCCCCUUGAUACUUUGCACCGUGAGAAUGCUGCAAUAUUAGAUUGUUUUAUUGCCUAGGCCAGGGAUCUCCAAACUUGGUAACUUUUAAGACUUCAUCUCCCAGGAAGGCUCAGCCAAAAUGGAAUUCUGAGGGUUGGAAGUCCACAAAUCUUAAAAGUUGCCAAGUUUGAAGACACCGCACCGCCCCCCCCCCCCUAGGCUGAUGGAAUAAUAAAACCUCUUGGCUUCCUUUAAAAGUAUGUCACCAAUAGAUGGAAAACAGUUUUUUUUUUCAAAAAUUAAUUAUUUUAGGACCCAGAUUUAACAAAAACUACAGUGAUGGCAGCAGAUGAUGUAUUUCCUUCUCUCAGGAGAGGGAAUACUGCUUAAGACAGUGCUUGCUGCGACCUCCCACACAUGAGCUAGGAUUUUUUUUUUUAAAGAUAGCAGACCCACACUGAAGUUUCUGGAUGUUUGCUCCCUAUCUUCAGUGAUGCUUUCCUCCUUUGUAACUUUAUUUUGAAAACAAAGCCUCUAAGGUGAAGGAUAAGCUACCAUGACCCACCUAGAUGUCAUUAGACUGCAACUCCCACUAUCUCUGGCUAUUGGUCUUCCUAUCUGACACUGAUGGGGGUUGGAGAUUCUGCUGUUCUAAGAUUCUUGCUUCUCUAAAAUAUUUGCCUCUGAUUCCUUUAGGAAGUCUUCCAAGAGUGAUUCAUGUGCUACCUCAAAAACAGAAUGACUGAAUUGUGCUACCUUCACUCAUGGGGAGGUCACACCGAUGUGGCAAUUUUGCACAUGGAUUUUAUUGUUCAGGCAUAAUUGGGAGUGGGAAGUGAUACAGCCUCAGGGAAUGUGGCAACUAUACUUGUUUUUAAUGUAGGCUUCACUUUUAGAAGAAUAUCUGAAAAUAUGUUCAUCUUAUUGGAUUUUGGCCUAUAAAAUGACUUAAUAGAAUUUGGUUCAGUUCUUGGACUCACCCAUAUUUUCAAAUCUGGGAAGCGACUUUGACUCUUAAUUCUCUUUAUAAAUUGGCGACUUAUAAUAAUUGACUAGAUUUAGAAAGCGGGGCGGGAGGGUCGUGAUCUAAAAUGUAGAGUACGGGGGUUUUUUUGCUUCCCCUCUGCCUUUAUGGUAGCUUUGGAGGCAUGUAAGAAAGACAGGAUUUUAUUUUGUUUCGCCUACUGUAAAAUGUGAAUAAUACAGAAGCAAAAUUGCUUUGUAACUGUUGAUGUCUCAGGAAUAACCUCCUAUUUGCAAUGUCUCUGGGGAAAGAUUGCUGCUUUUAAAGUGGGCGACAACGCUGUGACUAAGCUGCAGCUGGUCAAGGGAAGAAUCCCUCAAAGUGCAGCGUAAGCGUCUGGAUUUGGGCCAGGAGACUUCUAAAAACACACUGCAUGUUCAGUCAUAAAUCAGAACACAGGCGGUUUCAGUGUUUCUGUCUGGAACCUCCCUUCAUUAGCCAUACAGUUGGUGUGGAGAGGAGAGGAUAAAGCUUUGCUUGGCAGAUUUGGGCAAAACUGAAGUUUUAAUCACAAUCCCAGUUCAGCUAAGUCCAGCGAGGGAAGGAGAGGGUAAGAAUAGAGUUUGAGGGACUGCUAACAGACCUUGUUCUCAUUGUAGUAUUUUAUUUUUUAAAAAAAAGAUAUUUGGAACUUGGGAGUUAACUUUGUUAUGUUAACUUUUUCCCUUGUAAUGAUUUAAUUCAGGGGGUCUCCAACCUUGGUCCCUUUAAGACUUGUGGACUUCAGCUCUCAGAGUUCCUCAGCCUCUGGGAAUUGAAGUCCACAAGUCUUAAAGGGACCAAGGUUGGAGACCCCAGAUUUCACUAGUAAAAUACCAUUAAUAGGACACUUCUUUUUCAUAAUUAAAAAAAUAUCAGAGCAUUCCAACACAAAUCGGUUGCUGCUUGCAAAAAACCUGAUUCUUCGGAAGUCUGUUCCAUACAAACUUAGCUGAAGGAAGGAAUGUCCCAGAGGGAAGGAUUGAUACUGCAGGAUUCUUCGUGUAUUUAGAUAAAACCCUCCUGGUCUGUCUCUGUUGCAGUUUUCCCCAGUUUAUAAAAUUGAGCCAGUAUACUCAUAAAUGAAUGUCAUUAAAAAAACAAAUAAUGUUCCAUUUCCCUAAAACUUGGUUCAGUCACAUCCGUUUUCUUUCCCAUGCCUUCUGGGUUGUACCUCCAGCGUCGUCUACGAAUAAAACUGCAUUUUAUACUAGAAGAAGAGAAAAAGCUAUAGAGGACAAAAAGAUUCCUGUAUUGAUUUCUUCUGCAGAAUUUAUCCUCUUAGCACGGUAUAUAUUUCUCAGUCUCUGAGAACCCACAGAGAAAGACCUAAGACAUAACAAUGCUAGGCACUAAAAAUGUUUGUAGCUGAUUUUUAUUACUUGAAACAUUUUCUUCCGGUAGCUGAAAGAGUAAAAGAAAUUGCUAACCUGUUUUGCAGUCCUUCAAAUUCAGAGCCACAAUCUCUUUUAUCAGUAAAUUAGUGUUGUUGUAUUUCUCUUCUCAACACAGGCUUCCAGUGCUAUAUUUGAUCAUUUCCCCUGCUUUUUUUAAAAGGAAACUUUAGAAUAGCUGAUAAAUUUUAAGCUCUAUUGUGAGCUAAGUGAAUCCACGCCAAACAUUUGAGAUAAGUAAGGCUGGAGGCUUUAGUCAAUUCCUUUUUUUGCUAACAAAAAAAGAUUUAUAUCUGAUGUAGAACAUGCUUUCCUUUAUUUUCUUCCCUUUUUCUUAAAACUUCACGUUGAAAUACUGUAUAGAUGUAAUCAACUGAAAAUUAUUAAAAUUCAUUUAUUGAGUCUGUCUUUGGAUUUAUCUAGGAUUAGGCCAGCAGACAAGCACAUCGAGGGAUAUCUGGGGGGAGGGGUAGUGAGAGUGAAGGUGAUUGUGAUUGAAGCUCCUUUUUAAGGACUUGUGCAUGCAGCACAUGGAAAAAAAGGAUGAGACUUUAUUCGUAGCUACUCUCUUGACCAGUGUUGACUGGCUGGGAAAUUCUGGGAAUUGAAGUCCACACAUCUUCAAAUUGUUACGGUUGAGAAACAUUGAUCUUGACCUUUGGAGAGACUGGCCGUAUUCUACCAGUAAUUGUGCAAAUGCUAGCAAAAAGAUCGAACAAGGAUGCCUAGUCUUAAGGAAGCUGUGCUUUGCAAAUAGCUUUUGCAGGUGGAAGGAUUUCAUGUGACAUUUGCACAAAAAGAUUUUGGCAAUCAAUGGCAGGCAUUUUGUGCUAGGAGAUGCCAUAUUUUCUUUAUGAAAAACUAAUAAUGAUAAGUUGGACCAGCUUGGCUAUUCUGGAAACAUUCAACUUUCCAGAUAGCAAUCUGAGCCUAAAUGACCAGGAGCUAUUUACAUCAUUAUUAUUUUUUUAAAAAAUAGCAAAAUUCAUCUAGAUAAAGUAGUAAUGGUGAAAGACACACUGAACUAGAAGCCGACCUCACACCAAGAGUACAUAAUUUGAAAACAUUUCACUGGAAGUACCUGGAUUUCCUGCAUUGGAUUGAACACCUGUGCAAAAAUGUAGUAAAUGCAGAAAAUGCCUCUGGUAGAAAAUUAACACGAGACUUAAUAGGUAGUUUACAGUUCUUUGCCAAUUCAGUUUAGGCAAGAAAAUCAAGCAUUGAGUCUUUAUUACUUUCCAUCCCCUCAGAUUAUGUGAGAUCAUUGAACAUUUGAUUGGUGUUUAUUUCUUUACUGUUGUGUUUAACAAUACAAUUACCACACACUGUGUUCUUUGUGGCAAAAAAAUAAAAAUUCUGGUCUUCCAUCCUGUUAGCUGCAGCAUUCCGACUUGGCAGGGAAAUUCGGGGUGUUGAGAUCCACCUGUCUAAAAGUUGCUGAGGUUGUCAAAUGCUGGUCUUGACUGCUUUUGAUAUCUGGGUUAUUUGCUGAUUUUCACAAAAAAAAGAAUGGAGGAUAAGAUAGACAAUUGUAAUUACCUGCAUCAACUGUGGGAAGCGGGCCACUUGUUUCUAUAAUGGGAAGGACUGAAAUAUUGUAGGAACAGUAAAAUUAAAAUAUUUUAAAUACUUCCUAUGGCUCAUUAUCACUGUAGAGGAUUUCUGUUAUGGUAAUGAGACCUUUUGUACAGAAAACUAAUAAAGGAUGUUUCUGGCGGCCUUGGAAAAUCUCCAGUGUUAUGGCUGUUUUUAACUCCAAGAUGCCACUUGGAGCACUUGAACAGAUCCGUGGUAAGUUGCCCUUUGCUCUCGCCAAAGAUAGUGUGCUCAAUCCAUCAGUGAGGAUUUCUAGGGCCUAACUUAAGAGCUCACAAUCCUGCCACUGUUUCUGGCAUUUGUUUACAUAGAUAGGACUGGAUUUAACAAUGAGCUUUCCAUCGUAAGUUCACUUAGUGUUCCAGUCUUUUAGCCAGAAGGCUACAUUUGAAUCGGCACCAACUAGUUAGAUGGGCAAGGAUUUUUGACCAGGUGUUAAAUGAUAACAAUGAAACCUUUUAGCUCUAAGAAAAAGCAUGCCCUGAGUAGAUAUUUGUGUGAGACUACUUGUUUGAAAAUAUAUAUAUGUGUUCCUCAAUUCUCUGUGCUUGUCUGCCUGAGUGAUUGGUUUUGGCCUGGCUCUAGGUGGACCUUAAUAGUUAUGGCUGAGAGGCUGGACAGAUAGAUAUUCUGCAAGUUCGUGGCCUGCUUGCAGCUAUCUUCAUCCAGGAAGAAGCAUCCAGAAUGCUGAUUUCCAUAUCAAACUUCUUUUGUCCUAGAUCUCUAGUAUCUAAUAUUAUGUCCCUCUCAGGUUUCUGCUCUUCACUAUCAUUCAUGGAUUGCUCCUUGAUAUUUCCAAUAGUUGGACAGUUACGCUUCAUUGCACUGAGUGCUCAGUAAACCUCAAGACUGUGUUAAAACCUUCUGGAUUAGUUCUGCAGUUGGGAACUUGGUACCAAACACAACUUCAGUUCCUUCUGUCAUCCCAUUUCUCUAUUCAUCUUACCUGCUGAAUAGAUUUUGCUGAUGGAUGUAAAAGUGAGACUUAUCUGUAUGAUCUUUCAGUGUUAAUUUUCACAGUGUUGAGGAGUCCGUGAAGGACAUUUUGAUAGGCAUGUCUCUCUGAAGGCUAUUGUUUCCACUUGUGGCUAAGGAAUUGGGAGUUUAAAGAACAGGUAAAAGAAUAAACUCUAAUGCAGAUGUUGUGUGGCGAUAAAUUGCUUGAACAUUUUGACUCUUGCACCCUGCAAUUUCACACAGAUGUGGCAGGUUGGAAGAAAUUUGCGGUUGCCGAUUAUCUGCAAAACUGGGUAACUCUUGAACAUUUAAGAGAAUUCUACUGGGGAGAGAGGGUGAAUGCAAAAAUAAUAUAUGUGUAUGGGUGAAUAUAUACAUCCCCAAUAUAUAUAAAUAAAUAAAUAUAUAUAUAUGUAAAUUACUUUUAAAAGAAAUAACAUCAGGGAAAAUGCUUUGGAUUGAUUAUGAGAUGUAUCUGGUUUAAAUGAUGAUGUUUCAUAUACCUGGCUUUCCAAGCAUCGUCAAUAAUUCAUCUAACGUGGAAAUCCAUGUUAUAAGGACCCAGUUGUUUAUAAAAUGGGUUGUAAAUCAAACAAGAUGUGGGAAAAUCAAUCAGCACCUUCGUCCCAUUUUAUGUGAGGAACACAAAACCAUCUUCCUCCUCCUCCCAUCUUCCCUCUAUUGCCUAUUUCAUUGCAUGAGGAUGGCAAACCGGUGUGCCUUUCUUUGCCUAAAGUGGGCAAAGGUCUCCUUCAGACAUUUAUGCGUGGCAGCUUGUUUUCUAUCUUAUUUGUCGGAGUAAGAGUAGAGGCCGCUGCCAAAAAAAAAAGAUUACUGAAUGUUCUUAAAUACAUUUAAAAACUAGUAUCUUCCCCAUUCCCUCCCCCCCCCUUUUUUUUUGGCGCAUCAUCCAUGUUUAACUAAACUCCAGGAUUCAAAGGUUGUCUGAAAAAUCCUUGGGUACUUCUGUAACGUAUCUGAUUUUUACUGAAACAGGUGUUUGGGAAAACACUCUCGCCAAUGGUUGCUGUUACAGUGAGAUCAAUAAAGACCUUGAUUAUAUCAAACCAAAA